AUGUCUUGGGCGUGUUUGGUGUCGCUUGAGACGGUAGCCAAGGAUGAAAAGUUUUCUGCCAGCAGAAAGGACAUAAAAGGUAAGAAAAUAGGUCUUGUUUUUUCCAAGCCAGCCUAUCGCAGGUAACAUCACAUUUAGUUUAGGAAGACAUGUCUUUGGAAAGACCCAUUACAGUCCACUAGUUUUUUGUAAGGUCGUCAUGAUUGAGCGCUUACCAAUCAAUCAAUUCCGUGCUUAGCUCUGUAGUUACUGAUGCUUCCCUCCGCAACCCUCAGCCGUCUGCGCUCUCUCCUCUCAUCCCACUGCGCAUGCUCCUCUUUCCUCUCCUCACACGCCUGAGUGCCUGCCUUGAAUGCAAGCCUCCAGAGCUGUCCGUUUACGACAGCGUUUGUUAGGAGACAUUCAGACUAUAUUGAAAACGUUCGUCCCAGGUUCUUUGAUGCAAUAACUGGUUUCUUUCAAAUUUUUGAACUUCCAUGUCGAGCCAAUUACCAUUUCCCACCGCCAGGUGGUUCAAAUCAAAGGAAGACUAUCGUCAACUCGUGGGUUCGUUGUUUAGAAAAUAGUCAAACAGUCAAUUAUCAAGUCUGGCUUUUAUAAUGUAACGUACUGGAUUUACCGUUUGCCUCACAUAUACUGAUAUAUCGCUAACUAUGUAUAGAAAUCAAUGAUAAAUAAACGUUGAAUUACCUUACCUGUGGCAUGUAGUCGUCCUUUUGCCUCAAAAGCGGUUUUUUGAGCGAUUUUUGAAGGAGUUUGAGUUCGCCGUUGACUGUGCCUUAUAAAAGAAGGACACUUGUCCUAGGUAAUUCAACGUUUAUUUAUCAUUGUUUUAUAUAUACAUAGUUACCGACAUAUUGCUAUAGCAACCUCGUCCCCAGGGCUUUUCCUUCAAAAAAUGGGUGGGGCGGGAAAAGGCCCUGGCAUCGGCUGGUCACGUGUACAAGCUAAAUAUUCCUGAGAAGCUAAUUUAUAUGCAACCCGCUGGUUUUGCGCUGACAGAAGGGGGUAACAAUGGAAAAUAAUAACAUCGCGAACUAUGUCAAUAUAUUUGCGUGUGUGUGAUUCAAAAGCUUAAGAUCAAUUUUAAUAAUUGCGCAUUAUUCAAAUGCUAGAAGUUUAUGAAAGGGUGUACCGGCUCUACGUUGUCACGUACCAAAUAUAUAAAAUGCUUUAGCGUUCACGAUAAGCUGUUAUCGACUAGUACUUCAACUAAACUUCAUCGUGACUGUGGAAUUACUCUACGAUCAAGCGGAAAGUGAUUUUGUCCAAUGUCAAGCAAAAAUGUAGGCCUUUGCCUCCAGGAUCUGCGGUGAAUUCAAAUAAAUUGGACUUAAUUGAAAUAGAAUUGUUCAUCAAAAUGCUUUAUGGAGUCUGAUCGUCUCUACAACCCGACCAUGAAACAAACAAAUCUCCGCGCCGAAUGCAAGUCAGCCUCCAACCAAGAACGAUGACAGGCCGCCGAUCUGAAACAGUUUGAAGACCUCUUAUGUCUUUUCUCUUCCGAGGAUAAGUACAAAGGAUUUUCCUUAUAUUAAAGAGAAGAUUGACUGAUCGAUUGGAAUCAACUACAGCUCUGUCGAUUUUAAAUGGACCCAGAUCUUUCUUUGUUGCCAGUCGUUUGAUCGCAAAGGUCAAUGAAUUUCUUCAAAAAUACUGGUCAUACAGGAUAAGUCUAAACCAACGCGUGUCGCUAUGAUAUGGCUGAGAGUUAGGGUGAAUAGAACUAGGCUGUGUACGGCGGCCCACUUCGCAAGAAAUGAAAUAAAAUAUCAGAAGAGUCGAGAAAGCGGAAUUUUCUAGUACAACCUUUAUGCAUGUUCGAUAGCUUGUUUAUUUGUCAUUUAUACCGCUCUAUAAACAGAAGUUUUACAAAUGUUACUCGCUGUCCCCUUCAUAGAAAUCGAAGGAAUGGUAAAAAUUACCAUAAACAGUAUCUGUGACAAAGAGGAAACCUUGUAAAACUUUUCGUUAAUCGUCAAGAGAUAUAAAAGGUCGACCAAGAUCGCGCUCUGUGAGGUUACGCAUAAUUUUAGCUUUUCACAUGGCUCUAAUUUAUUACACCCAGGAUUUUAUGGUGUACGAGGAGACACGUGACCAGCCGAUGCCAGGGCCUUUUCCCGCCCCACCCAUUUUUUGAGGGAAAAGCCCUGGGGACGAGGUUGAUCGCUAUAGGUGAGUCAAACGAUAAAUCCAGUACAUUUACUAUAAGGUUCUUCAACAAAAAUGACUGAAUCAGCUACAUAAACAGAUUGUGUGAGUCCCCUGUGACUACACCAGGAAGGUUACCUGCAAAAAAAAAUUCUGUUGAGUUGAUUGUUUAGGGCGCUUUGAAGCUAUAGAUGGUUUUCAUAGUGACGUCAUCAAAUUGUAAAGUCAAAAUAGCGAGGUUUUACGAAUUCUUAUGUACACUAGGUUGAAGAUAAACACAAAGUAAAUCUUUGUACAAGUUUCCAUUCCUGUAGCAUGUUUCAUUUCGAAGAUACAGCAAUUUGAACUUCCGAGUUUUCACAGUGCGUGACACAAAAACGGUGUACCAAUAUGGCGUCUCCAUACAAAGCUCUACAAAGGUGCGUGAAACGUUUCGGCAAAUAACUCAGAAACUUUGGGCCACAAAGACCUGAGACUUAGACAAAUUGUUUAAAAAUUAGUCUUUUAAAACAUUUCAUUUUCCUGGCUUCUUCCACUGGACGGUUUCCAAUUUUUAUUUUUUGUUGCGUGACAGUGAAAACGAUCUAUUUGUCUCCUCGUGACAAGAUUUCAUCGAUUAUGUUCGUGAUCCACAAUGAUCCACAGCUGAUAACUGGUUAGUGGGGCUCAUGGAACGACAAAGCUGCGAAAAUGAAAGAAAAUUGUCUCCCCCUGGAAACCUCACUUUAACGUUCGCUACCUUCCAAUAAUACUUAACUUUACAAUUGACAUGACAAGCAAAUGAGUAACUUACCGGCUGCGGUAUAGGAACUAUGAAACUGCUGAAACUGUCCCUCUUUUGACUCUUGACUACCAACCUCGUUUAAAACAUUCACGAAUGUCUAACCAAGACGUCGCAUAUUCAAGAAUGCUAAGAAACUCUUUAACACGUUUAUCGCCAUUUCCUUUUAAAGCGUGUUCAGAAAGAAUCAUAGCUUUUCACUAUCUAGCGCUCACAGCAUUCCAGAAUAAAAACUUUUGGCCGCCAUUUUAAUUUGCAAGCAUGUUGGAUAGGGUGCUACGCGGCGGGGACUGGGAACUGGUAAAACAGCGAAACAAACUUAAAAACUACCAAACAAACUACCGAACCAAACUACCCGACAAAUCGAGUUCUCCGGAGGCUUUCGAGACAAAAAUACCCAGCGAGCAGAGGAUACAUUUUCGCUGUAUGAGCUGGCGUGCGAAAAGUAGCCUCUGCCGACAACCGUUCAAUUUUCUAUCUUGCAUACGCGAAAUUCGUCACGCGAUUCGCAAGCAAAAUUAAUCGUCAGGUUUGUCGUCAAAUGGCGCGAGUUCCGCGGGAAUAAAAAAAUUGCGACAACUUUGAUCUGCUACGCAAGACUCACGAAAACCCGUUUUUUUAAUUUAUUCGUCCAGAUUUCUGGACGGAUUUGAAGGGUUGUCGGCAGAGGCUACUUUUCGCACGCUAGCUCACACAGUGAAAAUGUAGCCUCUGCUCGCAGGGUAAGACAAAAAUAGGCAGCUGCCCUGUGCGGGCCGGAACUAGAAAUACGUGAAUCGCAGAGCCUCGUGGAUCAGAGGUUUAAGGGUCAGAAGUAGAAAUAAAUGGAAAGAAGCCAAUAGGAAAAGGAAGAUAUCAUAUAUAUUAAAAAACAAACAAAACAAGUAAGCAAACAAAACAAAAGAACAACGUAAAAAUAGGAAGGGUACUAAGUAGGAUUCGAACUCACCUUCGGCUCGAUGUGACUCAGUGUACCACUAUAGUACUAAGGAUGAUUAAGUAUGUCGUGUGAAAAGCCUUUUCCACGGAACUUCCUCCGUCAUUCAAACACCGUUUAAUUCUGAUCGAGCCGUAUUAACCGGGCUAUUGACAGUAUAUACCAAUGUAAACGUAUUUGGAAGCUUAUAUUCAAAAUCACCCAUGUGUUAGGAAUUGGGAUUUUACAGGCGCAAAAUAUUUUCACUUUUUUUUCUUUACAAUAAAACAGGUGCGAACUCCUCAGAGUGGUUUAAACCUGCCGAAGACGAGGGUUACAAGAGGACAAUAGCACUUCAAGACCGCACGGGAAGAAAAGCCAGAGUCAAGGUCGAUCCGAGGACUAGGAGUCAUGCUACUCAUGGGACUGGUGGUGGGGGCAGGGGUGGGACUGGUGGUGGGGGCAGGGGUGGGACCGGUGGUGGGGGCAGGGGUGGGACUGGUGGUGGAGGCAGGGGUGGGACUGGUGGUGGGGGCAGGGGUGGGACUGGGCAUGGGAGUAGAAGUGGGGCUGGCGCCAGUGGGUCUAGUGGACUUGGUUCCCGAUGCAGGGCGCUACCAAGCGAUCCUGGCUACAUAUAUAUCAUACAAAUGAGUGGCUCUUACAAUGGGCACUACCAAGCGCCACCGUUCGCGAAGGUGGGUUUUACAAACAAUUGCCAGCAACGAUUAGGCAACCUUAAAGCUGGGAACCCUUACCAACUGACAUGUUAUAAAACUUACCAUGUUUGCAACAAGGAUGCAGCAGAAACCGCGGCCCACAACUCAAUAAGAGGCUCUAGAGUUCAAAUGGGAGGGGGAACAGAAUGGUUUUAUUACACAUCAUUA